GAGAGCGAGCCAGCACGUCGCGAGUUUGAACUCCCGCUCCCCACGCCGUUGUUGUCUCGGCUGCCCUCUUACUUCUCCAACUCGUCCUGCUCCCAGCUCGCCCUCUUCAUCUGAUUCCCGACGAAACAUGGAAGAGGAAGAAGUGGGUCACCAAAGUGGUAUCUCGUUGUUGAUAUCUGGUGCAACAAGGACAAGGGAUGCACCCCCGGUGCUUUCUCCUUCUUCGAUAAACAUUUGCAGAGCUUAUCAUGCGGCUUGUUCUAAACGUGAUACACAAAUGGUUGAUUUAGAAGAAGAUGUUGCCGAUGAACAAGAUGUUGACUAUGAAGAAGAGGAAGAGGAAGAUGAUGAGGAUGAAGGAGAAGCAGAGGAAGAUUUUGCCGAUGAAGAGGAAAGAGAUGAGGAUGUUGACAUGGGAACAUUUUCUGAACCGGAAAGAAAAUUUCUAUCCAAAGUUUUGAAAGAAUAUGAGCUUAAGUAUAUCGAUGGGACAGUGAUAGCUGCUGAAUGCAAACAUUGUGCAAGGAAGUUUUGUGCUGAGCGUAAACAUGGAACAAGUUCAUUGCGCAAACACUUGAAGAGGAGCGAGGAAAGGAAGAAGGCUCUUAAAGUUUCCGGCCAGCAUAAUGCUUCCAUCAUGAGCCCUGACGGAGUUUCACCACGCCAUUGGACCUUUGAUCAGGCAUUGACACGUAGAGAGCUUAUAAGGAUGAUAGUGUUGCACGAAUUGGCAUUCUCAUUGGUGGAAUAUGAUGGCUUUCGAAGGUUUGUGUCUUUUUUAAAUCCGAUUUUCAAAUUGGUCUGCAGAAAAACAACCAAAAAUGACUGCCUGAAAGCAUUCAAGGAAGAGGCCUGCAGCCUGCAGGCUAUAUUUAGACACUCCAAAUCCAAAAUAUCUUUGACUUCGGACGUCCAAUCUACCAGUAGGGUAUAGUAGCAAGAUGUUGCGUGGCGGCACGCCGCGCCGGUAAGACGAUAUUGGCAAUUGCGAUGCAUGCGUGGUAGUGAUCAUAUAGGAAAAUUUCAUGAAUAUAUAUGUGGUUCACACAAUUAUAAGUAAAAACCUAUAGGUUAAAGCAGCUUAUCCCAAUCCAAACAACUCAUGCUCCUACAUUUUUAAGACCUAUAUGGUCUAUUACUCAGCCAAUCUGUUAAAAGCAGGCCGCAUAGACCAGUAAGCCAAGCUGGUCAUUAUAAAGACUCAAUACCUAGUGAAGCAAUCACCAGUGUGUUCCAUCAUUUCUGAACAAUGGCAAUCAAACAGUAAUCAGUACACCGGACAAAAUGCUUUUUUACAAACGGCUUAGUAGAGGCUAUCCAUUGGAUGCAUGCUUUGGA